CAUGGCUUCAGACUUUUGUUGAAAAGGCCACGCCUCUGAUUUGCUGCAGCUCGGUGUGCAGCGUGACAGCGGCUCGUCUGAAUUUUUGUUUCAGUCGGGGUCGACGGAGAAAUUAGAAGGCAGGAAUAAGGCGGAUACCGGUUCCUUCUCGCUCUCUCCCCCUCGCGCUCGUGCAGUUUUGAAGAAGACGCCCCCUCCCUGCACCUGUUCUGCUUCGUCUUGUUGCCGUCUCGCAGGAGUUGAUCCUCUUGCGGAGUGAGCGGACUUCUCAUUGUUAGACAGACGUUGUUGUGAGCAUGACUUCGGCGUUCAACCUGGAUUACCACCCUCUGACCGAAAGUCGGUUAAUGACUUCGAGCGACACAAUCAACGGCAACGGCAGCAAGAUGAACGGGUCGCUGGAGCAAUUGGACCAGCCGGACCCAGACUCCAUCAAGAUGUUUGUGGGCCAGAUCCCGCGGGCCUGGUCAGAAACAGAACUUAAAGAGCUUUUUGAGCCCUACGGAGCUGUGCACCAGAUCAACAUCCUCCGUGAUCGCACCCAGAAUCCCCCUCAGAGCAAAGGAUGCUGUUUUGUUACUUUUUAUACAAGAAAAGCUGCACUGGAGGCCCAGAAUGCGAUGCACAACAUAAAGACUUUAAGUGGGAUGCAUCAUCCUAUCCAGAUGAAACCCGCUGACAGUGAGAAAACAAGUGCGGUAGAAGACAGAAAACUCUUCAUCGGAAUGAUUUCAAAGAAAUACGGCGAGAACGAGAUCAGGAUGAUGUUCUUGUCUUUCGGACAGAUGGAAGAGUGCCGAAUUCUCCGGGGACCAGAUGGUCAGAGCAGAGGCUGUGCGUUUGUCACAUUUUCUACCAGGGCAACGGCACAGAAUGCAAUCAAAACCAUGCAUCACUCUCAGACUAUGGAGGGCUGUUCCUCACCUCUGGUGGUGAAGUUUGCCGACACACAGAGAGAUAAGGAGCAGAGGCGUCUGCAGCAGCAGCUAGUACAGCAGAUUCAGCAGCUCAAUAGCGCCUCCACCUGGGGAAAUCUUGCCGGCCUGGGGACCCUCUCACCGCAGUACCUGGCAUUGCUCCAGCAGGCCACAUCUACCAGUAACCAGAGCGGUUUCAAUAAUAUGCAGAGGCUAGGAGCAGGUGUGAACCCCCUUCAGCUGCAGAACUUGGCCACAUUAGCUGCUGCUGCGGCUGCAGCCCAGAGUUCUGGCGGCCCAACCUCCAACAGCGCUCUGUCUGCAAACAGCGCAGCCCUGGGAGCCCUGGCUAGUCCAAUGGGUUCAGCGUCCAACGCGGGUGCUGCCAUGAACACCUUGGCAUCUCUGGGCACCCUGCAGGGUCUCACUGGGACCUCUAUGGGCCUCAACCUUAGCGCUCUCACCAACAGUGUCGGUGGUAUGGGGUCCAUGAAUGGAGGCCUGGGAGCCUCCAUGGGAGCCUCCAUGGGAGCCUCCAUGGGAGCCUCCAUGGGCAACGGGUCAGCAGCUAGCUCCAUGGAUGCUCUGACCCAGGCCUACUCAGGGAUGCAGCAGUACGCAGCCUCCGCCCUGCCCUCCCUCUACGGCCAGUCUCUGCUGCAGCAGAGCAUUGCUGGAGGUCAGAAGGAAGGGCCAGAGGGCGCCAACCUGUUCAUCUACCACCUGCCCCAGGAGUUUGGUGACCAGGAUCUUCUGCAGAUGUUUAUGCCUUUUGGAAAUGUGGUCUCUGCCAAAGUCUUCAUUGACAAACAGACCAAUCUGAGCAAGUGCUUUGGGUUCGUCAGCUACGAUAAUCCCGUGUCUGCGCAAGCUGCUAUCCAGGCCAUGAAUGGUUUCCAGAUCGGCAUGAAGAGGCUGAAGGUUCAGCUGAAGCGCUCCAAGAACGACAGCAAACCCUACUGAUCCUAGCCCCGGGGCCUUCCCCCCCCUCCCCAGCUCCAAUGCUAACACUGCUAGGGUAAGUUCACCCUCCAGCCAAGGUCACCACAGCAGAGACUCGGUGGGGCACGGGGGCAAGGAGCCCACCACAGGAGGGAGACUCGCUCUAUUCCUAAAAUAAAUGGUUGCAAUGAUCUUUCCACAUUUUACUGUAUUUCAUUCCUGCGGUUUUAUCAUGUAAUUUGAGUCGGCUUAAAUAUUUUAAUGUAUAUGAUUAUUUAUGACUAUCACUGGAGUCAGUGUUCGCUUGAGGUAUUUUGUGUCACUGUAAUUAGUGGAGAGCAUCAGGUGUGUUUCCAUGCCAUUUCAUUGCCUUCAGGUCAAGCUAGACAGGUUGACUAAGGAUCAGUAGUGUUGAAGGGCUGAAGCCGGGCCACGCAGACCCCCGAGCACAGAGCUUCAACCUGUGUUUGGCUUUUUUCAUGUAGUCUGUCUCGUUCCUUUUUUCCAUUCUUAAUGUGAAAGUCUUUUGCACUCUAAAGUCUUCAAUCUUUACUACCGUCUUUCCCUCUUCCGCCCCCCCACUCGCUCUGUCAUUAUCUACGCCAUGUCGAGCUAGGCUACCUCUCUUUGCUCCAUUAACAACCUCUUCCAGUCAUUCCAUUCAUCCUACAAGUCUCCUACCAGGGGGACUGGCUCUCAAUGGAUCUCUUUGGGUGCCAAGUAUACAGUUUGCAUGUUGGAGUCUCUGCCAUGGUGGUGUCACUUCCUUAAAUCUGUGUAUUGUUUUUGUGUGUCGGGAGGGGGGGAGGAGGGGGGUUGUUUACCGUACUGUCCUUACUGUAUGUGGUGAUUGGCAUUGUUUUUGUUGGUUUUUGUGCCUCAUGGCUAAACGAUUCUUGUGCUGUGCCCCUAACUUUCUCUUCUCUCCUCUUUGUCUUCUCUCUCUCUUACUCUCUCUCUCUCUCUCUCUCUCUCUCUCUCUCUCUCUCUCUCCUCUCUCUCGCUCUUCCUUUUGUGUUUUUGUUCCUUUUUUAGAACAAAUCUCCAUGCCUGUUUGCUCAUCAUUAGCCUAGCAUGUCUUCAUGAUGUUGAAAGCCAAGCCAAACUCCUGGCCUCAUCAUCCCACCAUUGUCUGUGAUGUCUCUCUAAGCUCGCCUGACCAAUACCUGGCCACCCACUGACCCUUGACCUUAGCUCAACCUGAUUUUUCUGCAUGUAUAUUCAUUUUGUUCUGUUUUUUCUGUAUAGAAAUGUGACAGGUGGGAGAGAGGUCAAGCAAAUCAAUGUGAAAACUUACCUGCGUUGAAUUCAUUUAAGAGACUUCUUUUUUUGUUUGCGAAUGUUUUAAAAACCUGUGGGAUUUCUUAUUUUUUAAUUUAGCUUUGAUUUUUCUUUUUACCUCUCUCAGUAAAGUUCACUUGAAAGUUGAAUACAGGGAUUGGCACACAGCUGUGCUAUUUGGUGCCAUUAGCAAUAUGUUGGCUUCUUAAAAAAUAAAAUGCUACAGACCACUUUCCAACACGUUUGAGAGUCUGACCAGUAAAACUCCUCAGUGCUCUGUAACGAUCUCUACAUUUUGCGGGCAGUGUGAAGAUUUACACCAAGGCUAUUUAAAAAAAUAUUUUCUUUGAUUUAAAAAAAAUGUCCAGUGUAUUUACCUUCUCUUUUUUUGAACUAUUGAUGGCACAAUAAAAGGUACAUUUGCUCUGUUUAGAGAAAUGGCUACCUACAUGAGUCAACUUUUUUUAGAACUGAUUCACAAAUAGACAAUCUGUGGUUUAAAUGCACACUUAGAUUACCUAUAUUUUAUACCAUUGAAUCUAUAGAAGUUUAACUAACAGAACCCAGGCAAAACUUUGGGUUUUUUGUAGAUUAUGUUGUAAUGUCAUCUGUGUCGGGGGGGGGUCUUCAGUGUAUUACAUUUUUUAAAGAGGACUAAAAAUCAGUUUGAUCAGCAUGACCGUUUGAGGUCAUUUCUAGUAAAUUUAAAAACAAAGUCAAAAAAAAAAAAAAAAUCCUCUACAUCAAUUGUAAUUUCAACAUCUGGGGGGAAAAUAACUUUUUUUUUUCUUCUUCUUAAGGCUCACACUAUGUGGACUUAAUUAUUUUUCCUGCGUUAAAGAAAAAAAUUAGUGUUCAACUUCCACGGUACGUCUUGUUGACAUUCUGUGAAUUUGUCAUUAAUAAUUAAUUUAAUUAAUGGAUGUUUCACUUUGGUUUAGUUUGGAUGCCUCAUGUUGAAAGAUGAUUUACAAUGUCUGUUAAUCAUACAGAUGCCAGACAAUGUCUUUUGUUAGAAUUUGUUGUUAAGUGCCCAUGUGUCAAACUCUGUUUUUGAAUUCACACUUUUUUUUCCUGUAAUAUAACCUAGCUUUCUUUCCACACACACAUGCACACACCGCGACAUAAAACACUUUUCUGUGGUUGCAAAUGUGGGAGCCCCUGAAGUAGAGAUCACUUGGACACAACACACGACCUGUCGGUCUCUGCACAUUUUUAUAGACAUACACAUCUUCUUGCUUUUCUAUUUUAGUUCUUGGCUGAUAGUUCUUUUAAUUGACUUCUAGUACCGUGUUUCAGUUGUACACGAUGCGAAGCACAUUAAUACUAAGUCCACCACAAAUUGUGUUGGUUAACAAAUACAUUCCAUUUUUUCAGCACAAAAGUUUACACUUUUUUUUACCGGGGUGGUAUUUUGUCUAUUGUACUACGAGUUGUUGAGACAACCCUGGUAAAAUAACAACCACUUCACCCCAAAAGAAGGGUUCCCUAAAACUGCGUACCUGAGGGCGCUAAAGAGUUGUCAACUCAGGGGCUUUUUUUGUGUGUGAAACUAGACGCUCACACAGGAUUACGACACAAAAUGCACAAUUAUCACCAUUUGACCUUUUUUUUUUCUUUUUUCCUUUUUUCGUUCCUCAAAAUACAUAAAUAUUCCAAAAAAAAUAAAUAUAUAAAGAGGUACCAAAUUUGAAUCAGUGCUCGAGGAAAGUGUUGUCGUUUUGUAAGGAAAUGUCAAUUACAAUUGUGGGAGCUAAUCACUUUUGCAGAAUGUUGAGUGUGAUAUAAUCCCCAAAUUUACAAGGUACCACUGACUUCACUUUUUAAUAUGGGCAUGUGCUUUUUACAGUGUUUUUUCUAUCCAAAUGCAAUACAAUAUUCAAAGUGCCAUAUAUACGUCUAGAAACUGCCUACACAUCCUUAUCAGGCCUUGGUUUAGAGAUUGCUGCAGUUCGCCUUUCUUUGUCUAUUUAUGCCAGUGUCAUGAAAGCUCUUGUCACCUGCUCAUGUUUCCCCUUCUCCUCCCCCCACGCUGUGUGUUGAGUUAUUGGUAAAUGUGUGUUGUGAUGUACUCAAUUUGAACAGUUGGUUAAAAGAACCUGUAGAUAAACAAUAAACUUCCCUAUACAUUUGAAGGUAACCCUCUUUCUUAGUGAGUGUGAACAUGUGUACCGUAACACUUUGCGAUACAAACGAUUGGUGGCCAGAUGUGUCAGGGAAUUGGUUUUGAAAUCAAUGAAGUUAAAAACAAGCAAAAACUCAAACUAAAAAGAAAAAGACAACUUGGUUGCCUUGGUAACAAGAUCGUUUAAAUGCUAAAAACUGUGUCAAACACUGAAAUGAUUGCAGAUCUGUGGUUGGUAAGUCGUGUAUGGUGAAGUGUUACUGUGAAUGAAUUAAAAAAAGCACAAUGUACAGUCCACAACCGGAACUUGACUCACUUCAGGGGCUUCCAUCACAAAUCUCGUUCAAGCUCUAACAAUCACUUUCUUUGUUCUGUUGUGUUCAUAUUCUGAAGUGCUAUUUUUUUGACAAGUGUGGUAACUUUGCAUCUCUAUAGAUAUUGUCUUGAUCCAAAAGAAUAGAGGAAGAAAAAAAAUCUUUUCCUGUGUUAUUUUCUUGUCUGAUCGGUAGGACUUUGUUCACGUUCCACCAAUAAUUUAAUAGAUGUUUUAUCUUGUCUUGAUGAAAGCCAAAGUGGGUGCAUCUUGAUGUGAUCUGUAUUAUACAUACAGUAGUUUCUUUCUGUUCAGUCAAUAUAAUUUUUUUUUGAAACUGGGUGGGAUAUGAAAAAGAAAAGAAAAAAAAAACAUACACAGGCUUUCCAAUUUCUACAACUGGUUGUUCAUAUGUAUUUUGUACCAGUGAAGCUUUUUAUAUUGGAAAUUAAAGAAAAAAAAUCUAUAUUGGAAAAAAAAGAAUUGUCUGGCCUCUCUAUGUGGCCUCGCCUUGACCAGGUCUUGAGUUUGGCCUCUUGGUGGUGUCAAGCAAUUUUUUUUUGUUUUGUUUUCUCUCUAAAAGAUGCCUGAUUUUUUGAUUUUGCUUGGAUCUCUACAUGUUCCUCACUUCGUUAAUCAGCUUCAGUUUCUGGGGGAGGGAGGGGGGGGGGGGGUUGGGAUCCUCUAAAUCGUGGUAAGUUUCAUGUUAGUAUUUGUGCUGUCCACAUAGUUUAAUGGUCAUCAGAAUUUCGACAACUUGUGUGGUUAAUUGUCUUAGUUGAAGAGUUAAAUAUCUGUUUAGUUUGAGCCUUGCUUUUUACCUGUGUAGAGUUUUCUGUUUUUUCCCAUAGCGGAGUGCGUAGCCGAAAGACUCUGUGUUCUUUUUUGGUCAAUGUUUGUUCAUGUGUGGUGUGUUUCUUUGCCUCUGUCUCCAAAUUAAACCAUUUCCCCUAA